AUGGCAACCCAAUCAUCAUCAUCAUCAUCAUCAGAUGUCAUAGUAGUAUCACACAGAAGGGCUACAUCGUUAAUUAAUAAGCUCACAAAUAAUCAUUUCAUAGGCAUAAAAUCGGCAUCCUCCUCAUCCACAUCAUCACAAUCAAACAAUUUUACAAAUGAAUCAACUACAACAACAACAACUACAACUACAACUACAACUAUUGUAAAUAAUAAUAAUAAUCAAAAUAAUAAUCAAAAUAAUGGUAAUUUAUUUUUAAUGAUAUUUAGAAUUGGAUAUUUAAGAAAAAGAUUAUUGGAAAAUAUCAAUUUAAUUCAUCGAUGUGUUUAUGGUAAUAGUUUGGUAUUUCAAAAUACUCGUCGAUACAAUCAAAUAUUUGAUGUUGGUUGGAUGAUUGACAACAAGUAUUACCAUCUAUUAGGGUUAAAACUAAAAGAUGUCAUUGACAAGAAAACUAUAGGCAGCCAGUGUAGUAAUAAUAAUGAUGCACCAACCUACUUGCAUCUAACCUCAGAGACCAUCAUCAACAAAACGACUCGAGUUCCAUUAAACGUAUUCAAAAUGUUUUUCCAAUUGUUUGAUCGAUCCUAUUCUCUAUCAAAUCCACAUCGUGUAGCCAUUCUACUCCAAUACGCUUGUUAUUAUAAUAAUACAGAUGUUGCUUUAUUCCUUUUUAAUUAUUCAACUUCCAAUAAUAAUAAUCAAAACUCUAAUAAUUUAAAAUUAAAACCAACAGAAUUAAUAACAAGUACAACAUUGGAUAUGGUUAUAAAGAAUGGUAAUUUCUAUUUAUUACAACAUUUUCAUACCUAUUUAAUUAAUUCAACAAAGAAUAAUAAUGUAUUAAAUAUUCAUCACAACAACAACAACAACAAUAAUAAUCAAAAUAAUAAUAUGAAUAAUAAUAAUUUUGGCUCAAAACAAUUAAAAAGAACAAAAACCAUUCAAACCAUUUAUAAUUAUCAAAGACAAGAUGAAGAUUUGAAAAAGAUAUUUGAUAAUAUUGGUAAUAAUAUGAUAUUUAAUCAUCAACAUAGUCAUCAAAGCCAACAACAACAACAUGGCAGACUGCAACUACCACACAACCAAGCCAACUAUCUACAGGUUGUCAAGUACUUGUCGUACCAUUGUAACAAGGAUUUCAGUAUAACUCAUAUCAAAGAGGCAAUUGGUCACGGUUACAUUGAAGUGGUUGACUUUAUGCUCAGUACUAUUGGUCCAAGACGAUGCCAGGAACUCAAACAAGAUCCAUCAGUCGUCACACUCAUCUGUCAUCAAGGUCACGGUGGGAUAUUUGACCGUCUGUGCAAAGACGACCUUGUUGAUUGGGAAAAGGUUUCAGGUAUCUUUGAUGCUGCUGUCAAGGGUGGCUCCAUGUAUAUUUGUUACUCGAUCUUGUUGGGUGGAAAGUUCUCAGUCUCUACCACCUCCAACAAUAGUCCAAGUCUCUUGUCUGCCUGUCCGGCUCCACAACCAUCGAUUCUGCCAUCGACCAACUCGACCAAACCACUACGUGAUUUUGUACCAUCACCCAAACAACUCCGAAACUUGGGUGUCCGUGCCAUCAAGAUUGACAAUCUCUCUGUCAUUCAAUUUAUCAACACUCGGUAUCACGCUCAAUUAAACUCUAAUUCAUUUGGAAAUUUGGCAUUCAAAGAAUGGGUUGAACGUGCAGCUCAAUACAAUCGUCUAGAUAUUCUUGAAUAUCUUUUAAAUCAUUUACAAUUUCCUUAUUUUGAUAAUUUUCAAAAAGAACAACAGGAAACAAAUGAAACAACAAAUGAAACAACAAACAUCAAUCCAACUACAACAACAAUACCUACUACUUCUUUAAAGAAUAAUUGCGAUAUAAUAGUUUAUUUAAAUAUGGAAAUUACAUGUUUAAAAGGAAAUUUGAAGGCAAUGAAAAUGAUUGAUCAAAGAUUUUUGACUGCACAAUGGUCAACGAGAUGUAUGGAAGCUGCAACUACUGGAGGUAAUUUAGAGGUUUUGGAUCAUUUAAUGGUUAGACAUCCAGAAUGUUGUGUGAAAGUUGAUGCAACUAGUGCAGCUGUUCGAAGUCAUGAUAUUCGUGUGUUGGAGUUUUUGUUGGAGAAUAAUCAGAGAUGUACCAAUUUGUCUGCUCUUGCAGCAGCAGCUGAAUUGGGGUCAUUUAAAAUGGCCAGUUUUAUAUUUGACAAUAAUAUGAUUGAUGAUAAUGUAUGGCGUACUAUUACUCAUCGUCAGGUAGAUUCACUCAUCUCCAACGUUAUCCAAUCUGGUAAUGCAGAGUUGGUCAAAUUGUUUAUUCAACAAUUACUUGUCAAUCAAAAACACUAUCCAUCUCCCCCAACAACUGGCUCAACCAAUAAUAGUCAACAAGGUAUUAAUAUCUAUCACUCUAAUAUUCUAUCGUAUAUGGCAACUCAUAAUCGAAUUGAUUUGUUGGAUUAUAUUAGACAAAGUGAUUCAACAUUUGCUUCUUCCACCAAAUCACAAUCAUCUUCAUACUCUUCAUCAAUGUCAUCUUCUAUUUCACCAUCUUCUUCCUUACCAUCUUUAACUUCUACCAUAUCAUUUUCAUCAUCUUCUUCAUCAAUCAAUGAUAGUUUAAAUAAUAUUUUAAAUCAAAAUAUUAAUAAUAAUACCAAUAAUAAUAAUAAUCAAAAGAACAAAACAUUGGAAAAUAUGUUGGUUACAACAAUGUCGGUUGGAAAAGCAAGAGAUGCAGCAAUUAAAAGUGGAGCUACUCUUGUUAUUGAAUGGUUACAUUUACAUUAUUCAAAUUUAAUGGGUGUAGUCAACCCUAACCCUAAUCCAUCAUCAACACUAAUAUCAGCGUCACAAUUACAACCCAAUUCAAAUUCUGGGGAUCUUUCAUUGGAUUCUUUGGAAAAUAUGAUUGGAAGAGGAGAUUUGACAACUCUAAGAUAUUUGGUACACAAAUAUCCAUCCGAAAGAAAUGAUAUUAUUCGUGUAGCAACUCAACAAUCCAUAGUAUUUGGUUACUUGGAAUUAUUAAAAUAUUUAUUUAGUAAUUUUAGAAUCGACAUUGAAUUGAUUUCAACUCUAAAGAUUCCAAAAUCUUUUAAUCAUAUCAAUUCAUUUUUAAAUCAAGCUAAAAUGUAUAAUCAACAAUCAAACCUUUCACAAAAGCAAUCAAAAUUUGCAAAGGCUCAACAACCACCAAAUUUUUUAAAUUCAGGCAACAAUAGUAAUAAUAAUAGUAAUAGUAGAAGAGUUAUUAAUGAAAAUUAUAAUCAACAUGGUUCAUCAAAUAAUAAUAAUAAUGGCAAAAAACAACUUAAAAAACAAAAGUAUUUUAAACAUUCUAUUCAAACUCAAAGUAUUGUAUACAAGAGAAAAUCUUAUCAAAUUUUCAGAUCAAAUACCAAUCCAAUAAUCGAAUUGGAUAUUUAA